AUGGUAGAAGGCAUGAUAGAGAUGCAUGAUGAAGAAAAGAGGGUUGAUAGUGAGGAGCAAGCUGAAAACUUGUCUGCAGUGUCUUCCCAGAAGUGUUCAUCAUUCGACUUGAAUGAAGAAGCUAGCAGCGAAGAGGAUUAUUAUAAUAUAAUUGUCAAGGAAGGUGAAGUCAUGAGUGUUGAAGAGGAUGAGAUCGAGAAGAGAACUGAAGGGAGUUCUAGCAAUAACAAUAUUGGCGAAGGUGGGAGUGAUAGAAGAACAGUAAGGCACUAUGUUAGAUCAAAAUUGCCUCGGCUUCGAUGGACUCCUGAUCUCCAUCUCUCUUUCAUGCAUGCUGUUGAAAGGCUUGGUGGACAAGAAAGAGCAACUCCAAAGUUAGUUCUUCAAUUGAUGAAUGUGAGGGGACUUAGCAUUGCUCAUGUAAAAAGUCACUUGCAGAUGUACAGAAGUAAGAAACUUGAUGAGGCUGGACAAGUUUUAUGCCAAACAAAUAGACCAAUUCAAGUAAGGGAUGAAUUCCGGAGCAUAUUGUUGCAGCAGGCCUCUACCUUCAGUCCUCAUCAACAUUUCAGAAUGGAAAAUGGUGGAAUUGUCUUAGCCAGAGAAUCUCCUGAUAAUAACAUCACUCCAAGUUGUUUCCAACGACCAUUAGAUUUCAAAGCUACCUUUCCAAGGCACCAAUUACCAAAUUCUUUCAUAAGCAAAGCUAGUGGACAAGAAAAUGGUUGCCCAAAACCAGCUGUCUUCUGCAGUCAAGGCCAGUCAAAUGCAGUUCAUGGAAUGGAUACGACCAUGCGAAUUGGACCCAUUGGACUUGGCCGAUUUCUUGAAGAGACGAGGUGGCAUCCUUUUGAAAAGAUCAGUAAUAGAUGGAAGGUUAAUAAUGGAAAUAUGAACAAGCUUUCUAAUACCUGCUCACAAUCUCCAUCACAUUAUUUUUGCAAAAGACAAAGCUCAUAUGGGGGAGGCUACUCCACAAGGCCAACUGAAGGGAACCUUGGAAACACGAAAAUGGUACUGGGGCAAUUUGUUUCGGACAACCACGAUUCCUUGAGCAAAUACAAUAGCUGUAGAGCAGAUCUUGACGCCCCGUUUUUAGCUGAGUUGCACCAAAAUAAAAUGACGAAAGACAAGGAAUGGUUGCCUGAUCUGCAGUUAAGACUAAGCCAAAGAACUGGAAUAGAUGAUGAGAAGAACCAUUUUAAAGGCACGCAGGAAAUUAGCACCCAGCUUUCACUUUCUUAGCCUCAAUAUUUAUCCAGGAUAAAAUCCACCACAAACAAGCAAAAAGAUUCAGAAGAAUUGUCCAAACUGAGUAUCUUGUUCUACAUACACAAAUUAAUAUGUUGCAACAAGGCCGAAUGAGGCUGUGUACUUAAUUAAGGAUCUGACCAUAUAAAAAUAAACCCACAGGAAGUGAGAUCUUUCUAAGUACUUGGCCUAGAGCCAUUAUAAGCAUAGUGUUUGUUUUUUUAUUUGAAUCUUUUUGUUGUUAAAUGAGUUUUGAAUGAGAUAGAUCGAGUACUCAACCUUAGGA